AUGGCUUCUAAGAAGGAGUCGUCGUCCUCAACUUCCACUCAUCAACCCGCCAUUGGUACUCGAACAUCUGAACGCAUUGCAAGACCCAAUUUGGGUUCUGAUUCUGACCCUCAGCAGCCACCUGUUAAUGUUGCUCCAAGCUCUUCUGGAAGUGGAAAAGCAAAAUUGGGUUGUAAUGUUAAGCCACCCAGGUUCAAGAAGGCAGAAACAAAGAAUUCUGAUGGUGGUGGUGGUGGUGGUGAAUCUUCGUCAAUGGGUUUGAUGAAAAAGGUGAAUUCAGGGCCAGCUGCCAUUGGUACUCAAAGCUCUGUUCGACUACGCGGUAAAGGAAAAGUGGAUUCUAAUCCUAAGCCACCCAUGUCCAAGAAGGUAGAAACAAAGAUUUCUGAUGGUGGUGGUGGUGGAGAAUCUUCUUCUAUGGAUUCCAAGGAAAAGGCGAAUUCAGGGCCUGCCGCUAUUGGCAAAGACAAAGUGGGUUCUAGUGUACCUUCUGAUUCUGUUUCUCGACCACCCAAAUCGGAAAAGGCUAAAACAAACAUUUCUGGUGAAUCUUCUUCCAUGGACUCCAAGAAUAAGACGAAUACGGAGUCUGCCGCCAUUGUUACUCAAAGAUCUACUCGACAACAACGCGGCAAAGGUAUCACCACUGCUGGCGGCGCCUCUUCUCCCUCCGCCACCGCCGCUACCGCCGCCCGCCGUCGCAAUGAAAUACCCAAAUCGCCUGUUGCUCAAAAACCCAUAAUAUCACCAAAUACUCGUUCAUCCAGUACCAAGAUAUCCAGCACAACAUCUUAUGGGGAACAUGCAAUAGUCUCUGGACCAGCCAAGAAAAGGUUAAGUAUGGAACCCUCCUCCAGUUCCGGUCGACUUGAUAAAGGCAAAGCGAAAAUGGUGCCUUCUGAGGAAAAUGCGCCGGAAGAUAUGAAAGACAAGAAGUACCCAAGCCUGUUCAAACCAGUGAGUAUAACAAGCUCUGAAGCCAAUGCCAUCCUCGCUAAGCGGUUGCCGCUCAAGAAAAGGGCAGUUGUGAUUCCAACUUCCAGUGUUCUCACCCGUCAGGGCAAAGCCAGAUUGGCAAAUUCACAACCAGCAAAAUCCACAGUGUCCACUGCUCGCCGGAGUAAACCCAAAUCCGAUUCUGAUCCGACUCCUUCUGCUGACCCACAACCACCAAAAGGCAGAGCUUCCACUUCCCGGGGCAAAACUGAAAUGGGUUCUGACCCAACUCCACCAAGUUCCAGUACAAGGGGAAAUUCAUCGGUUUCAGCAACACCCAGGAAGAAGACGACUGUGGAACCUUCAAACAGAGUGCUUCGAAGUGGUAACAAAAACUGA